UUAAAUAGCAAGAAGGAAAUACAAGUUCUGUGCUACUAUCAUUCUCAAGGUCGUAGAGCGUUGUCUGUAUCAUAAUGUUAUUUUCCAAGCGAUUUUGGUUGAAAUCGCUAUUGACGACUUCAUGACUCAGAGGCAACUGCAGAUAUUUCAUAUAGCUUCUUUCAAAUGCAAUCGUAAACAAAUGCUUGUAUGCAGAAAUGGUUUAUUAAUCAACAGUAAUACUGUAUAUCUCAGUAUAAUUCCCACUAAGAUCCUCAAUGUUCAAUAUAUUGAAUGCUUAUGAUUUACUCACAGUAAAUUACCCACUCUUCCAGUUAAAGGGAAAUAUUGACCCUUACUGUCAAUGUCAAUCAGUUUUCGUCUCUGUUCACAAUGAUCAUAAAAGAGAUUUGGAAAUGAAGUGGACUGUAUGCGAAUCAAUGUUCAAAGUAUUUGUCCCAUUGUCCAUAGGAUGUAAUACCUUGCAACUAAGGUGUGAACACCACCUCGCUGAGUUUCGAAUAGUGUAUGUACAUAAUCGUGACUCUCCAUAUACUGUCAGGCCUAUUUAUGUAAUAUGUUCUGAUGAUACUGGGUGGUUCCAAGCUCCUGCAGGAAUGGUUCCCACGAAAGAAAGUGCUUGUAAACGUAUUGGGCUAGGAAUUAGAUUGUUGCAAACUUUGACUGCAGAAGCUUUUCUGUCUGAACUUGGAAUGAGAUGCACUUUUUUAAUUAAGGAAGAACUCAGUCGUAAAUCAUCGCGAAAUAUUUCAGGCUGGUCUUCCGAAGCCUGUUGUAAUUGUCACUACUCAAGUCUCAGUAAAACGUUUGUUAAUAGUAAUACUCCCGAAGAUGUGUGGAAGAAGUUGGCAUACGAGCUCUACGAAAAAUAUCCUCAUAACUUCGAGAACACAAAAUGGGUUGCUUUUAUGGCUUGUACACGUUAUCACCCUCCCAAGAAAAUCAAUUCCGAAUUCCUGAGUUACAAUGAAAUACUUCUUCGGACAACAGCUCAUUUCGCUCUCGGAACAGGGGGUUUAGCCUUACUUGGAACAGGGACUUUACAUGCUUGGCCAGAAACGCUUAAAGAUUUGCAGGUAGUUUUGGGUAAUACAAGAAUUGUUGAUCCAACAUUGAUGGAUGACACUGCUUAUCGACACACUUACUGGGCGGCUUUUGCUACAGGAUUGGGUGCUGUUUGGCAUGAAUUAGGUCAUUGUUUCGGACUGGAACACUAUCCCCAGGGUAUAAUGUUUCGUGGUGAUGAUAUUAAUUUAUGUCUUGGAUUUCCACCUCCUGAUUCUGUUUGUCCACAUGAAUCCAAUAUGAAUGGUAAAUCUGUCCAAGCUACAGAUCGAUAUGAUAGUUCGAAUCCUGAUAAUAGACAUAGAAGAGACCUUUGUCAAGUAUGCUACUCCUGGUAAUGUUAGGUGAUUUUUUCAGUAUUCAGAAUUUCGAUUAUUUAAAAUAAUGAUUAUUUCAAUGGUCUGCUAAAAAACAAACCGAAAAUUGACUGCGCUCAACAAUGACAUAAUUUUUAUCAAAUAUUUUUAUGGUUAACAUAAGCUCUGAAAGGUUCUAAACUUAAGGAAAAAUAAUAUGAAAAUUCAGUCACGUUAAGCUACUGGAGAAACCUUUUUAUACUGUUAUUUGAAGAUUGCUAUUGAGAGCUUACCUAUCUUAGAUGAUUAGUGUCGGUUUCCACAUAUUAUGUUGUGAUGAACAUUUUUUGUGUAAGUUUCAUUUUUUUUGAAGCACCAGGCAACACAACCUUUUAUGCUUUAAUAAACUUACAAGUUGUUUUGUAAUCUUCCACAAAAUUAUCGACUAUUUCCGCCUUUAUUGAAAUAUCACUGCAGUAAAAUCCUUUUAUAUUCAUUGUCUUGCCGAUUUAUCUCUCAUCCGGCUACUUCCCGAUUCGUAUAGAGUAUGCAGUCUCUGCUAGAGAAGUCCUACUCACUGCUCUCUCGAGGUAGAGGUAUUGUUCACGAGAUUGAGAGGACGGAAAGCAAAUGUCAGGAGCUUUAACCGGGUUGGUGGGUACGGAGGAUCCACCUAGGGGAGUUGGAAAACCCUGAUUCUCUAUCUCUUCACAACCACGUUUUUGUAUGGUGCAUAUGUAUUUGGUCCAACCUUGUACCAGUGUAUAUGUGUUCAAACAAAUAAAUAAAUAUUAUGUGUUAGCCGAUAACCUACAUCCAUUUACUGUCAUUAAUAUAGUUUGGUAAUCAAAGAUAAAGUCUAUUUGUAUUAAAAUAAUCGUUUAAUUCUCAUUCGUAAGCCAAGUAAAACAUUUGAAUAUUGCACGUAAUUUGCAAAGCAUAUUUAUGCUUUUCAAAUAUUAAUGUGUAUUUUAUCAUCUGACAAACGAUUAUAUGGUAAACCUUUUUUAUUAGAUUCAACCCCCGAAGUCAUUGUCCCGUGCUAUACAAUUUCAUCGCAUAGUGCAAUUUCAUCCAAUAAAGUCUCGUUUACAUUCCUCGGAUCAAACCACAAAUGAAGAAAUGAAAUUUAAGCGAUGGGGAUUUUGUAAGUCUUUAUGGCAUCAAGGUUCUGCUUUUUGGGGAACAAAGGCACUUUCAAAGCUACUUUCAUGUCCAUGGAUCAUCGAAACGCCAACUUUAGAUAAAGACAAACUACCUGUUCAGAAAUGACUUUAGUUAUACAGACGAUUCCUUCCAUUUUAAAAUUCCCUUUGUCCAUAUAUGUAAAUCCCAUGUAAAUUACAAGUGUAGUGUAAAUUAUUAUGUUGAAUUUUGUAUAAUUAAAAAUUGUACAUUGACAUGCCUCACUUAUU